CAAGAAACAACUAAAAUUAUCCAGUGACUAGUGAAAAUAUAUUUUUGUGACAUUAUUAAUUUUUUUUUAAAAAAAACUACAAGUUAAUGCAAUCAUGUCGCUGAGAAAAAUCAUAACAGCUUUAGUGCUGCUUCUUGUAUACAAUUGCAAUUGUUAUGUGCACGACGAGAGAGUCGUAAGCAGUGAUAACUUGACACUUUUUGAGAUUUUCGCAAAAAACUUAAAUGUAGACAGAGAUUUAAUAGUGCCGUCUAUAGACAAUGCAGAAGCAGAUUAUAUUAAAUUGCUCGGUCCAAAAAUCUUACAAUACCAAAAGCCAUUUUCAUUAAAAAGUGAUGCUGUUUCAUCGCGUUGCCGUCAAGACUCAUUGAAAUUUCUAUCAUCACUAAAAAAAUUUGAUUUGUGGGCUCUUAAAAUGUAUGAUGCUAGUGCAAAAUUUUCCAGUGGUGUGCUUAAUGGGAAUACAAAUCGAUAUGGUGAUUUUGAUCAAUGCUUAAGUGUCGUUGCGGAAAAUGAGAAUUUUCAAGGACAGUAUUGCAUGGCAUAUAUUCAGCCGACUGUUAGUUCUGAUUUUAAAUAUUUCAACUAUUUGCGAACUCUUAUGUUAGCUAUGGAAGCUUAUAAAAGUAAUCUUGAUGAUCAUCGACAUGUGAUUCCAAGAACGUCACAACUCAACUUUGGCUUCUGCAUACCAUCCACGUGCACUAACAAAGAAUUAGAAGUUGUGUUGAAGGAAAACUUACAAAACUUUUUCAACAGCAGUAAAGUGUUAAUGGAUGUUCGAGUUGAAAAGGAAAUGUGUCAAAUCAAAGAAAAUAAGCCUUACAGUCUUGGAACAAAGCUUUCAUUGCUGUUAUUUGGUUCCAUCAUAGCUGUUUCAAUUUUUGCAGCAUAUUACGAUCGAUCAGAUUCACCCAAUAAAAGCGAAUGGCUGACAUCAUUUUCACUAACCAAAAACUGGAAAGAACUUAUUUCCACAAAAGCAUCAAAUGACAUAGCAUGUGCUCAUGGUAUCCGCUUCUUCAACACUUUAAUGCUAAUUGUCUCACACAAAUGUAUGGAAAUAGAAUUCAAUCCUAUACCAAAUAGGAGUGAACUAAUCGAAAUUUCCAAAGGACCAAUGUCAGUCAUAGUCAGAGCAAGUUACUUAUUCACAGAUUCAUUUAUUAUGUUAUCAGCGAUGCUUGUGUCAUAUUCAUUCGUUGGAAGACUAAGACGCGGACAAAGCAUUGAUGGAAUUAAAGAAAUAGCUGCAAGAUAUUUCCGAGUUGUUCCUCCGAUGACAGCAUUGAUUAUUUUUGGAACAUUUAUCUUCCCAAUUAUCGGUUCUGGUCCACAAUGGCCAAUGCUUGUUGAUAAUCAGUCAGAACUUUGUAAGAAAACUUGGUGGAGGAAUUUCUUCAUGAUUCACAAUUGGUUUGGAUUCGAGAACAUUUGCAUGACUCACACGCAUCAUGUUGGAACUGACUUUGAGUUGUUCUUAACAGCGCCGAUCCUCGUUACUUUAUUGUAUAAAUAUCCAAAGAAGACAGGCAUUGGAAUGUUUAUUCUUGCUGUUUUAUCCACAAUUAUAAGAUUCUACACAACUUAUGUUAAGGAUUUGACAGUUUAUGUGCUUUUCGGACUCGAAGUAUCAAAGCUUUACGACAUCGCAAGCUACAUGUACAUCAUCCCAGUUUAUCGCUUUACAGUUUAUGCCAUGGGAAUUGUACUUGGAUAUUUACUACGAAAGUAUUCAGACAUAAAAUUAGACGAAUCUCAAUUAUUCUUCGGCUGGGUGUUUACAUCAUCACUAUUUAUUGGAACGAUGGCUUUAAUAUCAUUUAUGAGUGCUUACGAUUAUACUUUUAGUGCUUUUGAUGGUGCACUCUACAGCUCUCUUGCACCGAUCCCUUGGUGUCUGUUCUUUGGAUGGCUGAUAUUUACAUCACAUUUAGGAUAUAAAAAUGCCUUCACAAGAUUCUUUGAAUGGCGAGGAUUUUUGGUCUCAACUAAGUUGUCUUAUGGAAUUUAUUUAGUCCAAUUCGCAGUCUUUCAUUACAACAUCUCAACUGUAAGAAACUCAAAACAUUUUGGUAUGGUUAAGUCUUUGCUCAAUGGAAAUGAAAUUCUCUGGAUAAUAUUCGCAGCAGCUUUGAUGACACUCUUCUUCGACUUGCCAUUCGGAAAUUUAAAGAAGCUUGUUUUCGAUUCUAAGAAGCCUCAGAUACAACAAGUGAAGCAACAAGAUAAAGUUAUUGAGACAGUGAAAAACGGAGGUCUUGUAGAUAUGAAUGCAAAUAUAAUAAGUGAUUAUAAAAAGUCCGAGUAAACAAAGUUUUAGAGCGUGAAGAUCUUACAAAUUUUUCAAAUUUUUUUAUGUAAA